AUGGACGCCCUGCCCUACACGUCGCCACCCAUAGUGACAAUCCUCGUACUUGCAUCGUACCUGUUGUUCCUAUCCGCCUUCUAUCAUGCGUUCCAGAAGCUGUUUUCGGCAGGCAUCUUAGGUCCACUUGUAUUGGGUGCGAUCUAUGCUCAACCACUUGCCAACAUUCUACCGCCUGAUGUUCAGUCGAGCGUUCUGUCGAUCGGUUAUCUCGGGUUGAUACUCCUCAUUGUACAGGGCGGUCUUGAGGCGAGAAUGGAACUUCUUUCCAGCCCGAAGAAUCUUGUGCUCUCCGUCUUGGUUGGUGCGACGGGCGUCGCAUUGCCUGUCGGGAUCAGCAUGGCACUAUUGCCAGCAGGCUUUGGCUAUGGGAAUCUUGAAAGCUUUGCUAUCGGCGCAGCUCUUGCAUCAACCAGUCUGGGAACCACGUUUGCCAUCCUUGGAUCUUUCAACAGCUCAACCCCGCCAUCUAGUCCUUCGAGCGACAAUAUGGACAGACAUGUUGCAGGGCAUGGUAUUGCAAACACUCGUAUUGGCACCAUCCUCAUUGGAGCAGCUCUACUGGAUGACGUUGUUGGUCUGGUCAUCAUCGGCGUAAUUUCAACGCUUGGGGGGUCGGCUUUGGCUUCGACGCAAGGUGGACUUGAUUCGAUUGGAUCAUGGACGAUUGCACGGCCGAUCGUAUCCUCCUGCCUUCUGCUCGUCGUCUCGUGGCUGAUCUCACGCUUCGCACUGGGUCCACUCAGCCGGCAGCUGGCGGCGCAUUUCUCCCUGUUGCAGAGUGACCAAGCCUGUGUACAACAUCAACGCUCACCGUCACGAUCGACUGGGGCCGUUCGGAUGCUGGCGCGACAUAUGGUCAGCCUGGGCUCACAUCAGCUCGUGGCAGUAACCCUGAUGAUCUCGACAGUUCUGACGUAUUCGGUCAUCAGCGAAGAGGUAGGUUCGUCUCUUCUCAUCGGUGCUUUUUGCUCGGGUGCGAUGAUGAAGUACGUAUACAAAACGUUCUCGCAAAGCUUCUCGAAGCAAGUGGCAACGUCAAGCCGCGAGAACCUCGAAAUGUGGUCGCCUGACCAUCUGCUUUCCAAAGACACCGCGCUUGGGACCGUUCAAUCCACGAUUCUUGUGCCCUUCUUCUUCUCGAGCGUCGGGUCAGCGAUUCCGGUCAAAUCCAUGUUUCAAUCAACGACCGUCUGGCGGGGAGUCAUCUUUGCUGGUCUGAUGGCGUUUGCCAAAGUAUGCGCUGCAGGCUGGAUCGUUCUAGUAGAUUUGAUCGAGCAGAAGAAUGCAGAAAAGGCUGCGGCUAAAGUGCAAGGACAAGCGGACGCGGAGCAGGUGCAAGAGAGCAACAGCAUCUCGGCACACGGUGCUUCGAUUGAUAUGCUGCCGGUAACCACAGGUGCGAUUGCUCCAGGUCAGCUUGCUGCUGCUAUUGUUGGUGGUAGUACGCCAGACAUCGGACGGCACCUGGAAGCGACCGCACCUUCAUCCAAAUUCUCCGCCUGGCCUGCCUCUCUUUUCUUGGGAGUCGCACUGAUGUCGCGCGGGGAGAUUGGCUUUAUCGUCAUCAAUAUGGCGAAUCGCGGAGGCCUACUGGACCAGCAGGCGUUCAACGUUGCAAUCUGGGCCAUCGUUCUCAAUACGCUAGCAGGGCCGAUCAGCAUUGGAAUGCUGAUGCGUACACAUCACGCUCAAAGCAUCCUGCGGCAGCACACCGAUAUACACAAGCGACGCUGGGCGUGA